UCGCAUGACACUGACGUCACGAUAGUAAACAAGAGCAUGUCGCACAGACCAACUCAAGCUAGAGAAAUGAACGGCCAAGCGGACGUGGAGGUUGACUACAAGCGCAAAUACAAAAAUCUGAAGAGGAAAUUAAAGUUUCUGGUUUAUGAGCAGGAGUGUUUUCAGGAGGAGCUGAGGAGAGCUCAGAGGAAACUGCUCAAAGUAUCCAGAGACAAGAGCUUCCUUCUGGACAGACUGCUGCAGUAUGAGAGGAUAGAUGAAGACUCCUCAGAUUCAGAGGCAACAGUUUCUUCAGACAACAGUGACGCAGAAGGGCCCAGAGAGAGAGAAAGAGACAGGGAACGAGACGGGGUUAAAAAGCGGAGAAGCAGUCCUGGGGCGUGUCUUCCUUCCUCCUCCUCCCCUCAUCUCUCCCUGCUGUCCCGUGCUGGUGUUAAUCCUCUGCAGUCAUCAGGCUCCGGACCAUACCUCAACACUAUGCCCUUCCCACCAGAGUAUUUGGCUCCUCCAGCUGAACGAAUGAAGAAAGAGAGAAAAACAAAGGCGCCAAAAAACAAGAGAGAUCCUACGGGGAAGGUCGUUGCCCCAAUGGCAGCUAAUUACCCAUCAGCCCCUGCGGCCCCUGCAACAGCCAGCGGCCCCUUCAGCUGGGUUCCCAGACAGAUGCUCAGUGGAGACGCAGCUGAGGAGGAGGGGGACAGUGACUUGGACAGCGACCGAGGAGAUGAAGACAGGGGGGAGGGAGACGAGGCUGAGUUAGUAAUUGACAUCCCAAAUGAAUGAGUGUGUGUGCAUGUGCGUGUGUGUGUGUGUGUGUGUGUGAAAGUGUAUUUAUAAGCAGGGGAUGAAAUCAAAAGACAUAACUUGACUGGAAGUAUUUCUGUUCUCAGCAGCCCACAUUUUCAAAAGUGAGCCAAGCUCCCUCUGGUGGACUUUUGCUUCACUGCAGCAUGGCUGUCCAAUAUUCAUAUAUCAUGAAUUUAAUUUGUGAUAAAAAUGCAGUUUGUGAGCUGCCACCAUGAUGAUUGGAUAUUUAUGUUCUCUGUUUCCACUUGGUCUUUCUUUUGUCUAAACAUUCUAGUAAUGCACAACAAUGAUCCCAACUAGGUGUGUCCUUCCAACAGGAAUUGUGUGUUCAACCUUCCACCGCAGACUGGGAGUUGUUAAAGUAGCUCAUGAAAACUGUGAAAGUGGGAUACAAAAUGUGAGUGUUUACUUGGUCCACAUCGUUUUUUUACAUCUGUCAUUUGAACUAUCAUGUUGAGGAUUAUGUCUUUAUCAUGAUGUUGCUAUAAUACUGCUGUGUUUCCACCUAAAAUUGUAAAAGCAAAUACGUUUUCCUUGAUAUUGAAUAUAUACUAUUUUUGCACCCAUUGAACUCUGCAUGUCAGAGAAUAAAAUGCAGAUUUUCUCAUAUAA